AUGGGCUCACUCGUUAAUAAUCUGCUUCAAGGCUACAUGGCGACUCACAACAACAACAACAACAACAACAACAACAGUAAUAAUGGCGGCAGCAUUUUUGGCUCAGGUCCAAUGGAUUGGUUGACAAAUGCCGCUACAUUUGCUGGAGCAGAUGCGCUAUUGAAUCGAUAUGAUGAGGAUCAUGAAAAGAACAAUAUUCAUUUCUGGAGAAAUGCUGGCAUAGCAGGCGCUUUGGCUUUAGGCUAUCAAUAUUGGAAAGACCAUCACAAUCAAAACCAACAGCAAUUGGAUCCUGAACAAGCACAGCAAAUGGUAGCUGCUCAACAACAAGCGCAACAGCCCGUGCAAGCGCAACAGACGCCCAUAGCUGCACCGCCUCAACAAGCAGUGAGCUACUAUUAUCCACAGCAACAACCAGAAUACAUGUUACCUCCAGGGCCACAAAUGAUGAUGGCACCAUUUCCACCGCCGCCAUUUCCACCAUCACAGUACAUGCCUCCUCCUCCUCCUCCCAACAUGAUGCUUCCUCCUCCACCUCAGAUGAUGAUGCCAUUUGGUGCAGGUGGUUUGAACAUGAUGCAGCAGCAAGAUCCAUAUACCAUGAUGUUGAUGAAUAGCUCUCUCAUGCAACAGCAGCAACAGCAGCAACAAAUGAUGAUGAUGCAGCAACAGAAUCCAUUGUUUGCCAAUCAACACAUCAUGGGACCUACGCCCAUGACUCCCUACUUUCCGCAGCACCAACAUCAGCUCAUGAUGCCCUAUAAUAAUGGCAAUCCUUACAGUCAUCCAUACAUGUUCUGA